AUGAUGAGUUCUAAGGGAAGCGUAACGGUUGGAAAGAAAGUGGCGAAUAAAAGAAGCAGGAAUGAGGAGGAUCCAGUGACAGAGCGGAAAGUGACUUCUGAUGAUCAUGUAAGCACUGGUGGUGAAAGUGAAGAGGAAGAUGACGAAUUAGAUUUAGCUGAUGUUUCAUCUGCUUCAGAAAAAGAAUCUGAUGAUGGGAGUGUGGAGGGUGCUGAAAGUGCUGAAGAGGAAGAAGAAGACGAUGAUUUUCCAAAGAAAAAGAAGUCGAAGAAGAGCAAACAUGACGAUGGUUCCGCUGACUUCUCUAGCGCUGUUACAGCAAUUUUAUCUUCUCAUUUGAAAGCAUAUGAUAGAAAGGACCCAAUUUUGGCAAGAAAUAAGAAAGUUUUGAAGAAGAACGAAUCCGACAAACUUGAGAGUAAAGCCAGAAAAGCACUAGCAACGGAAAAGAAGAAACUUUUAAAUAAAACAAGAAAGAAAGAUAUUUUACCAAUAGUUUCUGCUGAUAAUGAAAAUGGUGAAGAGAUUAGAAAAGUUAUUGAGAAAGAAACCAAACUGAGAAAAAUUGCUCAAAAAGGUGUAGUAAAGUUGUUUAAUGCUAUUCUUUCAACUCAAGUUAAAACUGAAAAGGAAGUCAGUACAUCAUUAGGCGGUGUGAAAAAUAAGCAAGAGAGGGAGCAACUUAUUACUGAAGUCUCUAAGGAGAAAUUUUUCGAUUUAGUUAAAGCUGCUGCUGAAGAUUAA